AUGUCUCUAGCUUCUCUCAUUUCUUUCCUGAAAAGCAAGGAGUCCAUCAUCUUCAAUGCCCUAGUAGCUCUGCUGACGGUGGGCGGCCAGCAGUUGUUCUCCUUCUUCGCCUUCAGCUGCCCGUGUAGCCCCACUGAUAACCUGAGGUAUGGACUGGCUUUCCUGGGGGUGCCCGCCCUGCUCCUGCUCAUUGUGGGGGUCAUCUUCAAUGACAACACAUGGAGGCUGUUCAUGGGGACGACGUACGACGUGUCCAUCCAGGAGAGGAGCCGGCAGAGUCUCCUUAUGAAGUACAAACUCCUCUGCUUCGUGCUGGGGAACAUCCUGGGCAGAGCGCUGGUGGCUCCAGUCACGUGGCUGGCGGUGACCCUGCUGAACGGCGCCUACUAUGUGUGUGCGGCCAGCGAGUAUACCGAUGUCCAGAGGUACGACAUCUUCAGAGGGAUGAGUGCGGAGGACAGGAGGAGGACCCUGGCUCAGUUCCCGUGUCCGCAACUAGUGUUCAGCAACUUCAGCAGAGUCCGGGAGGAGAUAGUGCUGGAGCUCAAGUACCAGUCACAGGUAUUCCCUCAUGAAGCGUCUCUUCAUCCUUCUAGGGAAAGGGGCCCAGAACAACCAGUCAGCAGGGCUUACAACUACACUGGAUUGGCAGUCACUUAG